AUACCAUCCUGCUUGCCCAGUUGCAAAAGACUCCCAAUGUCUCUUUGGAAGCAAUUUUGUGCUGCCCAGGAGACCAAUCUUUGCCAAUGUCCCAGUUAGUGAUUUGCCAGCCGACUGUCUCCCCAGUAACCCAGUCCUCAGAAGGCAGCUGGGCCCGUGGGAGAUAUGACUGCUGUUCGGAUUGUCCCAUGUGUUGCGUUGGAAUUUGCUGCCCAAUGAUUCUGAGCUGCUACGUGGCACGCAAAUAUGGAGAACAUUGUUGCUUGGGAAUGGUGCCUGGUGGCAUGACUGCACUCCGAACACACAUGCGGCUCUCCUAUGGAAUCCCGGGCACUGUUUUGAGGGAUGCGCUGUCGAUGUGCCUCUGUGGCUGGUGUGAGAUUUGCAGAAUGGCUCGGGAAGUGCACACUCGCUCUCGCUCUUAAAG